AUGUGGUCCCUCAGAGCGCUGCUCGUGGCGAGCCUGCCGGCGCUUGUGCUCGCCGACGUCUACAGCCUGUCCGGCCUCACUUGGUCGCUGCACAACGGGAACGGCUCGAUCGUCGUGCCCGCGAAGGUUCCGUCCCAGGCGCAUCUCGACCUCUUAGCCGCUGGCGUUAUCGAGGAGCCGCUUCUAGAGCAGAAUGAGUUCUAUCAGCGGUGGAUCGUGAAUGAGAGUUGGACGUAUACCGCUGACCUCACGCCGUUCACUCAAUCUGUGCCAAAAAGCGCAUCGGACAAGACACUUCUUGUAUUCUACGGCUUGGACACGAUUGCGAACAUUACCGUUGCAGGGCAUCCUGUUGCUUGGGUGGACAACCAGUUCAGGCAAUACAUCUAUGAUGUGACGGAUCUCAUCAACUCGCCCUCGGAGACGGAUAACAACAUCACCGUCGCGUUUGAGUCGGCCUAUCUCUACGGGCUCAACGUGACCUCGAUCACGUAUGAGAACCCGCUCACGCCUGACUUCGAAUAUUCCGGAUUCCGACAGUACCUCCGCAAGAUUCAGUCAGACUUCGGAUGGGACUGGGGACCGGCGUUCGUACCUGCGGGGAUCUUCCGACCCGCAUACCUCGUCACGCUCACAGAAACACCCACUUUCGAGACCUCACCAGAGGCACCCGCCGCGUACCCGCUGCUCGCCUCCCAAGGCAGCGCGCUGCUCAUCGACCAGACGUCAGUGGAGAUCUUCAAGGUCGGGCAGACCGCGUACAGCACGCCCGACGAGGCCGCCGACUGGCUCGUCAACGUCACGCUCGGCGUGCGUUCGGUCCUGCAGUCGUACGAACCCUCGAUCACGAUCAGCAUCCCGGACCUGGGUCUCAACAGCGGGCCGCUCGCCGUGCAGACCAUCCCGGUGAGCACGGACGAGCCGACGUUCGUGACUGCGAGCAUGGCCGUGCCCGAGGGCAUUCCCCAGCGGUGGUGGCCUGCGGACCUCGGCGCGCCGGUACUGUACAAUAUCACGGUCACCCUCACCCUGGGAGACGUCCUCGGCGGUCCGGGUGACGAGGUGUCGUUCUCAGUACGCUCGGGCUUCCGGACGGUUGAGCUGCUACAGACGCCGUAUAGCGAGGAGGAUAUCGUCAACCGGGGAAUCACACCUGGCGACCAGUGGCACUUCGCGGUCAAUGGACAGGAGUUCUACACGAAGGGCACGAAUAUCAUCCCGUUUGACCCGUUCUAUGCGAGGGUCUCAACGGAGAAGGUCAGGUGGGUGCUCGAAAGCGCGGUGCUCAGUGGGCAGAACAUGUUGCGCGUCUGGGGAGGCGGUAUCUACCAGCCAUCCGACGAGCUUACGGGCGGAUACGACUUCUACUCGCUCUGCGACGAGCUCGGGAUCUUCGCAUGGUCCGAGAUGAUCUUCAGCGACGCGACGUACCCUCUGAACGACUUCCUGCUCGAAUCGAUCGCACCCGAGGUGCGCGAGAACGUCCGGCGCGUGAACAAGCACCCGAGCAACGUGCAAUGGGCGGGCGGAAACGAGAUUGAGAACAUCGUGAUCCAGAUUAACGACUCGGUCGCGAAUGGGACGCAUUAUCUGGACGAGUAUGUGUACCUGUUCCAAGACUUCUUGUACGACCUCACCUACGACGUGCAGCAGUCGGUUCCGUACACCGACUGCUCGACGACGAAUGGUGUCCUCAGCCUAGACCCUCUCGUGGAGAGAUUCGCGAACAAGACGCCGGGAUACAUCUAUGGCAACUCUGAGCGCUACAACUAUGAUGCCUCGCAGGCGUUCAACUACAGCACGUACCCGGUAUCGAGUUUCCAUUCGAUGCCCUCCAUCUAUAGCUGGGAAGAGGCUUUGACGUCGCCCGAGGACUACUACUUCAACUCGUCCACGGUCGUCGCACGCGAUCACCACCCACCUGCAGGAAGCCUCGCCUGGCCGAAUCCCAACGCACCGCAAGGCCAGGGCCAGAUGACGAUGGGCGUCGAAUACUGGCUGCCCACGCCCAACACGGCUGACGUCUUCCAGACCUUCGCGCAAUGGUGCUACUCCACGCAGAUCUUCCAGUCCCUGAACAUGAUCUCCGAGAUUGCAUGGUACCGGCGCGGCGCGGGCCUCGGCGAGAACAACCUCGGCUCGCUCGUCUGGCAGCUGAACGACAUCUGGCAGGCGCCGUCGUGGGCGGCGAUCGAGUACAGUGGCCGGUGGAAGGUGCUCAACUAUGGUAUGGCCAGCAUAUACACGCCGGUGAUCGUCUACCCGUUCUGGACGCCGGACAACGAGACGCUCCAGGUUUUGGUGACGAACGACAGGCCGUACCCGGUGAACGGGACGGCGCUGCUGACGUGGUAUGACUGGGCGGGGAACGAGCUUCUGCCGAUGGUGCACGAGUUUGAAGUUCCGGGGCUGAAUAAUACGGUGUUGAUGAACUUGGAGGGCUUUGAGACGAUCCUGCCGGAGGGCGCUACGCCUACGAGUGCGUGGAUGUUGCUGAAUGUGUCGGCGACGCUGGCCGAUGGCCGGACGGUGUCCAUGGAGUCCUACUACACACCGACGUCGCUUGCGGACGUCGAACUCGUAGACCCGAAGGUCACCAUCACCCCGGGGUCGGACUACACGUUCACACUGUCUGCUCAGGGUGGCGUUGCACCAUAUGCGUGGGUGGACCAUCCUUCAGGAACUGUUGGCUACUUCAUCGACGCUACGACUGGCGCGCCGUUCAAUGGGUUCUAUCUUGUGCCCGGGAUCGACCGCACAAGUGAGUAA